AGUCCAGACGAUGUAGUCGACACGAUUAUUCAGCCAGUCCCAUUUCGAAAAAUUAAAAUUUUAUCUCGCCGCCUCUAAAGUUUUCUCAUAUUUUGAAGUUUUUCCGUAUUUUCCUUCGGUUUAAUCUUAACGGAAAACAGUUUUAUUACUGCGACGCGUUGAUGCAGAUUAGUACGAACUGAAAGUGGUUUUUAUCCUUGCCUUUACAUUUUGGUUUCGGAUUUGGGCCGCAUUUAAUAUUAAACUUUCAGCUUUACCUCGCAGACGGAAACUCGAACCUCGGCCACUGUUUUAAAUCAGCAGCGGGAGCGGCACCAACUUUUUCCAAGUUUUAAUAAAGAAGCGACAAAGUGCCAUCUAGGGAGGACGAGACACAAUUAAGAAACUUAAUGGACAGCGCGCACGAGGAAAAUAGGCAAAAAGAUUUGCGCCGCGUUGGGUUUUCCAAAACCAAAUUAGAGACAGAUGUUUUGGAAGUAGAGGAAGAUGAAGAAUUCGACAAUGAAAUGGUUAUUGUAUCGAACAGAAAUCCUCCAACCGAACGAGAGUAUUGUUUUUCACAUCCUCCACAACUAAUAAUAACCGAUGUAGAACCCCAGCUUUAUAAUGGUUGUGAUUGUAGUGACUCUAGUGCAUUAUCGUCUAGGAGACCUAGUGCUAUCAUUGCAGCACUUAGAAGGCCAUCACAGGCAGUUGCAUUGUCAGCUGCUCAGGCUGUAAUGAAUCAGAGAAGGUAUCUAUUAGGACUCAGUAAUGAAAAUACACCUCCAACUUCAGCAAAAGAUAAUAAAAAAGGCUUUGGAAGAAGAAGGUUCAUUAAUUCAAUGAAUUACGAAGGGUUUACUAUAAUUCUUUCGGCCCUCUACGCCAAACUUUUAGUGGUGUUGGGAAUGGCCUUUCCGAUAACGGAGGUAAUAACGGCAGAAGUUAAGCCCUUUUAUUAUCAGGGCUUUUACCUGUACCUUUACCUUGGAAGUAUUACCUUCAUCAUAUACGAAUAUGUUAGUUUAAUCACGGAGAAGGCCGUAAAACACAUCAUUGAACACUACGAUGAUGUUGAGAAUGGAACACAGUUACAACACAAGUAUAAGCGCAAAUCUUCUAAAAAGUAUGGAAGCUUUUACUUACGCUUAGGAGCUAUAGCAUUUGGAAUUGGUAGCAUGGUUUACUCAGGUCUGGAAUUUGGACGAUAUUUCGAACUUAAAAAUAUCCCUGAAUGCUCAUAUACAGCUCUCCAAGCUAUAACACCGGCUACAAGGAUGGUGUUGACAAUGCUGCAAAUACAAUUUAUUUUCUUGAAUCACGGGGAUGUAGAUGUAAAUAGACAUAAAGUGAUAGGAAGAUUUGGCCUAAUGCACAUGAUUGCUGCGAAUCUCUGUGAAUGGCUGUACGUGUUAGUAGAAGAAACAAAGCAUGAGAUAAUACAUUUAUCAGAGCAUUCUGAAUCUGGAAAUUCUUCUACAUUUGGUUCCAAAUAUUGUACGGGAGGAUAUGUUAUGGGAUCCUUGGUGAACAACGCAAGUCCAUUUCUGUUUCCUUGCACCAUUGAAUAUAGUUUGAUAUGCGCUGUCAUUCUUUUUGAAAUGUGGAAACACAUGGAAAAAGAAGAUGAAGAGAAACAUUCUGAACCGAAGAAGCAUAAGAAUCGCGUGGACCCAUUUGAGGGAGGAAAUUCUGGAUAUCAUUUUACAAUCGACUGUACCAAUUCGCAUAGAGGACUCUUUGCAGGCAUAACCGUGAUAGUUUUGACCAUUAUAUCCCUAGUUAUGUUCUUUGUGUUAACGGGAGAUUUGGACGAGUCCGGUGUCAGAAACCACUACGCAGAAAUGGAAGUAAAUUUCGUCGAAUUGUUUUUAUACGUAACCACUACGAUCUCCGUAAUCGUCGCCAUGUUUCAAUUACGAAACCUAAAAUACGAAAGGAAAAUUGGACAUGGAGGCUUAGGUUUAGAUAACACACUUUUAGCUGUUUCGCAAACGGGGAUGUUUAUAUAUUCCAUGUUUUCGAUCAUAGGCUGGUAUUUCACCAUUAAUGGAAGAUCGCCGGUUGCCAUGGUUGCCGAUACAUUUUCGUUCAUACAGACAUGUUUGCAGACGAUGUUUGUAUUGGAUGCUUGGUGGAGACGGUGCAAGAACCUAAAACAAGCCAGGACGAAACCUGGCAGAGAGUUGAUUACGUUCUUAAUUAUAGCAAACAUGGCCAUGUGGACUAUAAACAGUUUAGAGAAAAAUAGAGCGGAGUUUCGACCAACUCAUCUGAAAUUUUUCGGUGACUGGGGUUGGACUAUAAUAACUCACAUAUCGAUGCCUCUGGCCAUAUUCUAUCGGUUUCACUCAACAAUCUGCUUAUUCGAAGUGUGGAAGACGGCGUACAAAAUCAAGAGCAGCUUUAAAAACCCCUUGUUUCCUGUCAUGUGAUAUUCUAGCUAAUAUUUCAAUAAAUAAGUUAAUUAAAGUGUU